AGGAUGACGAAGAGGAAGAGGAGGAGUAGGGCUGGGAUGCUGAUGCGAGAGGGAACUCGUACGUGACAGCGUCGGCGGUCAAACGAUGGGAAAUCUCGCCAUUUAAUCCUGUAUUUUUGUUUCAUCGGAACAAGAAGACAUCUUCGUGGAAAGAUUUGUUUGGGGGUGUGAAUCAGCCGAUUUGUCACGGUUGCCUGUUGGCCUUCUGGAGCAUUGAUACAGGUGGAUUUCCGCCGGAGGAAAAAAACAACCAAACGCCGAAUGUACAUAUCCACGACGGCUACGUACGCGAAUCUACUGACAUUGACGGUGACCUAUUUUUUUCUAAGUGAUUUUUCCAAGGAAUUGGAUAGCGGACGGAGGGUUUGGCCUGGUAGUGAGCUAAUAGGCUAAUUUGGGCUAGCUCGACAACUAGCCAAUGACGAGGAGGUGGUGGGAUGCUUAAAAGGAGGAGUUAAUCGUAGUUUUUUUCCUACUUCGCGCAGGAUAAGUGCUUGACAAUCUUGUAACAAUGGUAGGAAAACGCCAACGCGGCCAAAUGUUUCUGACUUAACCGGUUGUGUUGUUUCCCCUUACUCUCUCAAGGGGAUACGAAAUAAUCGAUUGAGUUAGUGUUGACAAGACACUUGUUAUAACUCGAUUUUUUUGGGGUUCGGUAGCAUGAAUUUAUUAUUCAUGUCAGCUUCCCGAUUUGAACUUUAAACGAUGCUUAGGACGAGACAGCGAGAUUUGGGGAAAGUCAUGAGUGGACCUGCCAUGCCCGAAAUGCACCAAGUGAGUCAACUCGAUUUUAAGUUGUGAAGAUUUAGAUAUGGCUUAGACGUCAAAUUCCAAUACAAAAUGAGUGCGAUAUUAGCUAAUAUCUGUGUUGGCUGUGCUUGUCAACCUGUCAAGUUAAAAAACAUUGUAAAACGUGUAUUCACUUAACAGUUACCCACGCAACACUGACGCAAAUGUUGUGUUUAACCCGUGUUUUUCGUUAUUUAAAGUACUGCAUUUCAAUUUGGUUUCAACCUAAAGCACCAGUAGUCACAGUAAAUGGAACCCACGGUGGUUUCUAGCCCUUUGGGGCAUACGCAAACGUUUCCUCUUGGAUUUCUCACCCUAGAUUCAAACAAUGGAGGUGUGCUGUGUCAGAACAAUAGUGGCCAGACAGGUUUGCGUUUUGGCGACCCCACUAUGACGUCGCAACAAAGUGAAAUGGAUGAAGUCUACCAGGAAGCACCGGUGGAGUUGGACAAACUUUUGUACAUAUCCGAUUAUCCGUGUGGAGAUUUGUUUUUCGAAGAGCGACAACACACUCCUUCUGAAAUGUCACCUCAGUCGGAAAGAAACAAGGAACCAGAUGAAAACACUGACUUCAUGCUUUCCUGGCUUUUUUCACCCAACCUUACUGAUGUGGUCGGGAAAAACUUUGCAUUUGACGAGGCCAACCUCAAUGGACAGACUGAGCUAAUAAUCAACAGUAGCGCGACGGUACUGUGUACACAAUCUAAGUGGAAUCCUGAAUCAAACCCGACAGAUUCACUUAUUUCAAUAGACCUGCCCGCAAUUGAUCAGGAUACUGUUGCCUCAGAGUCGUUUAGUGAGUCACAUGGUGUCAGCGAAGGACUGGUACACCUGUCACAGGAGGAGCAUGGCAGUGUGACAGCGUCACAUGAAACUGGAGACAAAGGUUUAUUCCCUGAUCAAGUGACAGCUUUGUCAGUAAACAGUAGCUCGAUUCCACUAGGGCUACCUGAGAACAGUCUACCACUAAACCACAGCAGAACACCUGAAGGAUCUUUGUUGGAUUUAGUGGGUCCAGAACUGGAUAACGGCCCGGUUCUUUGUCCUGAUAAUCCAAAAGGUGCACUGUUGGAUCUAACCCAGGAUUCCAAUGUGGAACAUGUUGCCCUUACAGAAUUCAGGACUUUAGAGCAACCAGAUGAGAGGGACUCAUCUCCUGUGAUUUUGUCGAGGACAGGUCCACUGUCUGAUAAUGCCUUGGUCCAAGGUGAUCUCAGCUGUGGGAGCGUCUCUGUGGAAAGUACUUCAAAUGAUUUGAUGGAAAGCCCAUUAUGCUCUGUGGUUGAGCAUCAAGCCAGCGAAGCAAUGGCUUUGGAUUUUUGUUUGACCACUGACAGCGUCCACAGUGAUGAAACAUGGAUCUUAAAGACGGAGGGAGUACACGGUGAAGUUCCUUCUGAUGUGGCGCCAGACCAAAGGGAAGAGGAACAGGCGCCUCCUGUUAACCAUCGCCAAGAUUUUAAUGUUUUGGAGUUGAACGGUAUUAAUGAAAACAGUAGAUGGACAAGUGAGCAAAAUGUGGAAACCGUUUCCCUCUCUAAGAUGGUGGGAGAUGACUCACUGCCAAUUGUUUCAGUUGUGAACACGAGCGAGAAAGAUGCCUCCCCUUUAAAAACUGUAUUCGAUGCUUUAGACCAGGACGGUGACGGCUUUGUUCGCAUUGAGGAGUUUAUGGAGUUUGCUGCUGCCUAUGGUGCUGAUCAGGUCAAAGAUCUGACCAAGUUUUUGGAUCCCAGUGGUCUGGGAGUAAUCAGCUUUGAAGACUUUCACCGGGGAAUUUCCGCUAUCAGCAAUGGAGGUCCAGAGCCACAGCUGUACAGUGCGCACUACAGUCCAGGCGACGGAGCUGUCGGGUGUCCAGAAGAAUAUGACGAGCAAAAUGAGGUGACAGACAGCGCAUACCUGGGUUCAGAGAGCACGUACAGCGAAUGCGAGACCUUCACCGACGAGGACACCGGUGCCCUCGUGCCCCCUGAGAUGCACGAGGAUGUGGACACGGACAGUGGUAUCGAGGCAGCUCUUCACGACCCUGAAGAGGCCAUAAAUAGGUUCUCCCUCAACUCAGAACUGCACAACGCCUCCCUCGUGGCUGUCAUCGGUGGUGAGGAGGAGCAUUUUGAGGAUUUUGGGGAGAGCAAUAACUCUGAGCUACUGUUGGAAAGUGGUGAAGACGGCACUGAUGGCGCGGUCGAUUGCCCUCUGGCACAGACCCCUCAGCAGAUCGAUGUCGCCUCCCUGCUGUCUCCAAGUGCACCCGUUCCUCUCCCCGACUGCUUUCAGAGCUUCCUCAAGGAGGAGGCGCUGGACUUUUUCUGUAGCCAGUGUCACAAACAAAUAAGUCGCCUGGAGGACCUCUCCACUCGUCUCAAUUUCCUAGAGAUGACUAGUGCUGGCAAGAGGCUGUCCAGCAAGAAGGUGGCAAGACAUCUUCUGCAGAACAGCUCAAUAACGCUGGACACUGUCAGCGACUUAACCCGCGACAUCCUUGAGUUGGCUGAUAAUGACAUCACAGACAAGAUGCUACUCCUCGAGCGCCGUGUGGCAGAGCUGGAGAAGGACUCUGAAACUUCGGGGGAGCAGCACGCUCGUCUGAGGCAGGAGAAUCUUCAGCUGGUGCAUCGUGCCAACGCCUUUGAGGAGCAGCUGAAGGAGCAGGAGCUUCUCGCUGAUGAGCAGUUGCAAAACGAGAUCCGGCGCCACAAGGAAGCUCUGAGCAAGCUGGAGAGGGAGAAAGGGUUGGAGUUGGAAAACCUGCAGGCCAGAUGGAUGCAACUGGAUGAAGAAAAUUGCGAACUGAGGUCCUGUGUUCCUUGUCUACGGGCUAACAUCGAGAGGCUCGAGGAAGAGAAACAGAAGCUCGAAGAUGAGGUGGACAUAAUGAACGACAAGUGGCAAAAUGAAAUGGAAACCAGGCAAAAGAUGACUGACAAGCUGAGCCAUGAACGGCAUCAGACCCAAAAGGAAAAAGAGAGCACGCAGGAGUUGAUUGAGGACCUACGUAAGCAACUGGAACACUUGCAGUUGUACAAGCUGGAGGCCGAAGCAAAGCGAGGCCGCUCACCCAGCGCCGGACUGCAAGAGUAUCAAACCCGUACUAGAGAGGCAGAACUGGAGCAAGAGAUCAAAAGACUCAAGCAGGACAACCGCAGCUUGAAGGAGCAGAACGAUGAGCUGAAUGGCCAAAUCAUCAAUCUGAGCAUUCAGGGAGCCAAAAGCCUCAUGUCUGCUUCCUUUUCUGACUCCUUGGCAGCUGAGAUCAACUCUGUGUCUCGCUCUGAGUUGAUGGAGGCCGUCCACAAGCAGGAGGAGAUCAAUUACAGACUCCAGGACUACAUUGACAAAAUAAUUGUGGCCAUCAUGGAGUCCAACCCUUCCAUCCUUGAGGUCAAAUAGGCGUCACCUAGAUGGAGGGGAACAAAGCGACACAGUGACCUCAUCGUGAAUAAAAACAAGUAAUCCUCCACAAUAAUAGAAGAUUAUUAUAUUUGUAAGUGUGUAUGUGCGUGUCAGGUUCUGGUGACUUCCAUGUGUUUUGGCCAGAGGAACCUGACGCUAACGUGUGAAACUAAAUCAUCCCACAGCCCCUUCAUCCUUAAAUUUUGACUUUAAAAGAAGGAUUAGGUAAUUACUAGUAUAUACCUUGAAGGCCUUAAAUUUGGAGGUGAUCAAAUACAUCCUACUACUCGCCUCAGUUGAAACUGGAAUUGUUGGGAUUUGCACCAUCGUCUCCUGAGCUAAGCUGCUGGCGUAUGGUAUGAAUCACUGGUCAGCUGCUUUUGACUUUUUGGGGGCACUGGCUAAAUUAUAAAUGGCGUUUUUGUUGUUGUUGUUAAUUUACAAUGAAACAAGGGUCCUGGAACUCCGGUGGGCUGGAAAGUCAGAACUAUAUAGCAAUGUUUUUCCCAACCUUCAUUUACUUGUCAUUAGACAAUGUCACAAAAGUGACUACACAGAUACAUACAUAAUUUACCUUCUGUCAUCUAGUAGCUAUUCGACAAAGAUACAUAAUUUGCAGUAAAUACAAUUUUCAUAAACUGGAUAAUAUCUCACUUUGGUUGGAAAUCAAAACUAAGAGUAUUGACGCCAAAAAAGGCCCAAUCUGGUUCCAGUGUCCACUUGCUGAGUUUGUGUUUUGUUUUGUUUUUUUGUGAAUUAUUGUCAAUGAAACUGUCAAUACAAAAAAUAUGUUUAACUGGUUAUAUGUGAAGAAUAUGGAAAACUUUAUGAACAUUUAUUUGAUACCCAGUCUAUGUACUGUUAUUGUUCUCAUCAGUAACACAAUUCAGCGUAUUUAUAGAAUGACUCUCUCACCCCAAAUGUUUUUCUCUACUACUAGUGCCACUUUUGACCUACUACACACCUACUACAUCUUAGUAAACUACUGUCUUUCAGUAGUACCACUUCUAGGCCCAACAAAUAAGUUUCCAUGUCUGGUAUCCAUCUGUCUUUCACAUACAGUCAAUCUAUUUUGCAGUUUAAAUGGAUUGGGCGGCUGUCAAUAGUGCACUCUUUAUUCUUAGAAAUCCUAAUUCCUGCUAGUUGGGUCUAGUAGUGUUACUAAUAUAGUACACUGGUUUACUAGUAAGGCUAAAUUGCAUAAUAAUAUGCUAAAUGUAGAACUAGUAAUGAACAAAAAACCUGCGAGUCAUUUUACAACUGCACUGUUUAUUCUUAAUAUCAACUCAUUUGCUGUUGUUGACGGCUGGCUACGAAGUUUGCUGCCAACCCUCCCAGUCAAAAUGGAUUGGACAUCUAUCGUCCUCAAUGGACACAAAUUAAUAUAUAGGGUGGGGCAGAGCAACUUUCUUAUUUAGAUUUGGCGCCCUGAAGCCGUGGUUGCUCUGAGGAUGGUAGGGAUGGACUUAUUUGAAAGGGUGGGGCUUAAAGUUUGGUUUUUAAUGUGCGUUAUUUAGUUUAUUUUUAAGGAACCCCAGUGAGCAUCAUGAAGUGGACAAAGUUGGAACGCGCUUCGCUGUUGAGGCAUUUUUUCCAAGCGGUCGUUCAAUUGUCGCAACGCAACAUGCGUUUCAUAGACAUUUUAAUAUUGCUUCCCCGUGGUCGUGUUCCUGGCCGGAAGUCGAUUAUUUCAUGGGUAAACAACUUCAGGGAAACUGGUGAUGCAAAGAAAAAGAAACCUGGCCUACCACGAACAGCAAGGACACCCCAAAACAUUGACGCUGUGAGACAUUCUGUUUUGAGAUCUCCCCAAUGGUCUGCCCGCAAACACGCAUCUGUUCUUGGGGUGUCUGCUCGUUGUGUGGGACGAAUCCUCCAUGAAGAAUUGAAAUUUUGGAAUGGAAUGCACGUUACGCUGCAUUAAGAACCAAACUUUAAGCCCCACCCUCUCAAAUAAAUCCGUCCCUACCAUCCUCAGAGCACCCAUCGCUUCAGGGCGUCAAAUUUAAAUAAGCAAGUUGCUCUGCCCCACCCUGUAGUACAUUGAUGUUGACCUGGAUUUCUUUCAAGAAAAUGGGAGAAAGGUUUGAACAGCUUUUAUACUAGAGUCAAAUGCACUUUGCACUAAAUUUUGUUUGGAUUAUGUUGUUUUUUUCUUAUGAAUUGAAGGGAUGAAAAAGCAAAUCUACAAAUUUGUGGGAUUUUAAGCGCGCUCAGGUGCGGGCUCAUGCAAUGACCAAUUUACAAGGCAAUCAGAACUGCCACAUUUCAUCAGAAUUACUUGGUUUUGCUUUCACGUCACAAAGAUUACAUCAUUAGGUGGACUCUGGACUUCUCUGGAUGAUGCGUGGAGCAAACCUUCAAUGUAAUUUUUCACCCACGUGUUGGACACCAAUGCUGCAUUCAUCUGGAUUUUGAAGGACUCAUGAACAAUGGAUCGAAGUUAUAGCUUUUAAUGUUGGGUGAGAAAAACUGUCCAGCUUUGCUUUCUGCACAAAACUUGCUCACUUCAAUGUCACCCACAAUUCUUCACCUGCCACUCCUUGGAAUAUGGCCUUGGAUGUAAAUGACUUGUAAAGUUUUUUCUACGCUCAUUCUAGAUUGUAGGUAUUUUUUUAGACAGAGGGGAACAACAACAAAAACAUUUAUUUUUCUCAUCUUUUACGGUGAGAAAAACGGUGAGGCUGCCUGUAUUCCAUUUCUAGCAUGUAGCGUGUACAGUUUUUCUUUAUCGGAAAUCACAGAUAUUUAUUCAGUAAGUGACACAACAACACACUUGUUAUCUAUUCUGCAAAAUCUUUUUGUUUUGAGGCGAUAUUUAAUACACAGUGAUUUAAGAGAAAUGUGCAUAUCAUCUCAGCGUGUGCGUAAUAAUUUGCUGCAAGAAGUCAUUAAUUGAGGUAGUGUAUAUUAUCGUGACCGCGCGAGGGUCCAGCUUUGAGUCGUCUUCCCGUUUUGAAGUCAGGUACUGCAUGGAAACACUGAUUUUCAUUAUAUACUUCUUACCUAUCCAGGCUACUGACAAUAUUUUGUCACUUUGAGUGCGGUUGGAGCAUUUUCUUCAUUUGAUUUACUACCCCUGCAAUGGUUCUCACCACCAUAUUUAUUGUGACAUGCACAGUUUGAAUUUUAAAACAGUGUUUAAAUCUUGUAAAAAAAAAAAAAAGUCCCUGUAAAGUAAAAAUGAGUUUUCUAAAUGUGACACACAAUAAAGAAGCCGUGAACACAAGGCACUCCAAAACGGUUGACGCGACAAAAAAAAAAAAAAUUCCACCCAUUCUUGCAAUACGAAAGGCUGACAACGAACAGUUCCAAAACUGCCAGGUGGCUAUUUGAAAAUACGAUGCUUUUCUGGUUAAUAUGUUUUGAACAAAGCUGCUGGUGUUCAUAUAUCGUGAGGACUUCUGUCAGACUACAGUGAUCCCUCGCUACUUCGCCCUUCAAACUUCGCGCCCUCAGUCCAUAGCGGAUUUUUUUUUUUUUUUCUAUAAAUUAUAUGCAGAUGAGCUGCUAACCCGAGCAGAUCGCGUAGUCUCCCUCUCCUUACCUCCCUCUCCCUGCUCUUUGUUGGUCAGGCAAAGAGUGCACUGGAGUUACUUAUUAAAUUCAACGAUGAUUGACAGACGUUUAAUGUUUGCUCUUGCCAGAGAAGCGAAAUUCAAAGCUUUGCAUGCAUCAAUCAUCGUUUAACUUGUUAAACAGUUGCUGUGGCAACUCUUGUGUACACUGGAAAAAACACUUCUAAAACGAGUAGAAAAUUACUUGAAAUGAGAAGAUUUGCUUAUAACAAGAAAAUUUUGCCAAUGGAACGAGAAAUUUUUGUCUUGGUAAGUAUUCUUAAAAUGAGACAUCCAUUCAGGAUGAAUGAGAUUUUAAAACUAGUUAUAUUUUACUGUAUUUUACUUCUUACCAAGACAAAAAUUGCUUGUUCUAUUGGCUGAAUUUUCUUACUUGUUAUAAGCAAAUCUUCUCAUUUCAAAUCAUUUUUGACUCAUGUUGGAAGUGACAUUUUUUCCAGUGUAAGUGAGCAGCUGGAGCGAUUUUAGGUGGGCCCACUCAAUGAAGCAUUUAAUAAAGCCAAGCAUUUUUCUGCUUUAUUCUUGUUCAAAAAAUAAUGCGGUGGGACAAUAACAUGUUUAUAAUUUAUCAUAAUCAUUACAUUUUAAGUGCUUAAAAAACAUUUAUUAAAAAAAAAAAAAAAUAUAUAUAUAUAUAUAUAUAUAUAUAUAUAUAUAUAUUAGGGCUGUCAAAAUAAUUGCGUUAACGGGCAGUAACUAAUUUUUUUAAAUUAAUCACGUUAAAAUAUUUGACGCAAUUAACGCACAUGUCCCGCUCAGACAGAUUUAAAUGACAGUAGAGUGAAAUGCCCACUUGUUAAUUGUUUUAUGGAGUUUUGCCGCCCUCUGCUGGCGCUUGGGUGCGACUGAUUUUAUAGGCUUCAGCACCCAUGAGCAUUGUGUAAGUAAUUAUUGACAAAAAUGGCGGACUACUAGUUUAUUUUUUGAAUGAAAAUUUUACAAAUUUUAUUAAAACGAAAACAUUAAGAGGGGUUUUAAUAUAAAAUUUCUAUAACUUGUACUAACAUUUAUCUUUUAAGAACUACAAGUCUUUCUAUCCAUGGAUCACUUUAACAGAAUGUUAAUAAUGUUAAUGCCAUCUUGUUGAUUUAUUGUUAUAAUAAACAAAUACAGUCCUUAUGUACCGUAUGUUGAAUGUAUAUAUCCAUCUUGUGUCUUAUCUUUCCAUUCCAACAAUUUAUUUUACAGAAUAUAUAUAUAUAAUUUACAGAAAAAUAUGGCAUAUUUUAUCGAUGGUUUGAAUUGCGAUGAAUUACAAUAAUUAAUUUUUAAGUUGUAAUUAACUCGAUUAAAAAUGUUAAUCGUUUGACAGCCCUAAUAUAUAUAUGUGUACAUAAGUAUGUUUAAUUUGGGGAAAAAAGUGAAAAAACAUGUCUUACAUAUAUUAUCUCUUUCCAAUACUAAAUCUGAAUAAAUACAUUGAACACAUACAAAAAAUAUACUUUUGGGGGAGAGGGGGGGGCUACUUUGACAGUUUUUUUACUUAUCGCAUCGGGUUCUGGUCCCCAUUAACCGUGAAAAACGAGGGAUCACUGUACUGUUUUUUUUAGCCAUGCCUAACACAAAACAUCAGAAAAACACUACUAAAUAUUUUGUAUUCAUACACAUUUUAAAAAAUUAUCUUCAAACGUGCACUAUACUCAUGAAAAAAAAAAAAUAAGAAUUCACUUCACAGGGUCUUUAAUGAUCAUGAAAUUGUAUUUCACACGCACAAGAGUUAUACGUUAAAAACAAAUUGUUCUUAAAGAUUAAAGCAAUUAGGGAUGUCCCGAUCCCAUCAGGUGAUCGGAAAUCGGGCCGAUUGCGCCAUUUUUCAGAGGAUCGGAAUCUGGUGAAAAGGAUGUUUUUUUUAUCUUUAUCAUAUAUAUAUAUAUAUAUAUAUAUUUUUUUUUUUUUUUUUUUUUAAUUAAAAAAAAUAUUUGUUUUUCUGUUUCAUGGUCGUACAGCCUCUCACUCUCCAUUCUGCUGCUAUUUUUGGUCACCAGUGCAGCUGGCAUUUGAUACUUAAAGAUGAUUGACAGGUUUGUAGCUUUGAUCUGGCGGGUGAAGGCUCGGUAGCUCUGUGAUCAAAGGCACAAAUGUGUUAAUCAUUGUUUAGUCAACAUUCAUUGUCGAGAUGCUGUUCUCGGCAGUGUGAGCAUCAAAGUGUGAGUGAAUUUGAGUGGACUGAUUCAUAUGAAUGUUAUGGAGAGUUAUUAAAGUAUGGCGUUAAAGGUAAUGCAAUGAAAAAUGUGGGCGCGCCUACAUUUUGUGCUGGUGCACCUUAAGAAAAAAGUGCAACCAGUGCAAAAAGUACCUAAGUGUGCAGCCUUGGCAAUAUUUAUCGUAAUGUUAUUUUUUUCCAUUAUCGUUCCAAUAAGUCAAAUUUAUAUAUUUUCUUUACUUUAAAAAGUAACAAAGCUAUUCAGAAAUACAAUGGCAUCACCAAAAGAUACAAAAAUAUAUACGUUUUAUACUCCGCAACACUCCCAGAAAAAGCGGAAGAAGUGUUUGGAACUUUUGUUCAAAUGAAAACAAAACCAAAAAAAAAAAAAUUUUUUUUUUUUUUUCCAGGAAUAAGAUCGGGACUCUAUCGGCAUAUCCUCAAUAUCAGGUGACUCGGACUUGGGUGCAAAAAUACGCGAUCGGGACAUCCCUAAUAGUAAAUUGAAUACAACAAAACUCCUAUUUCCCCAUUACAGAGAGCUAAUGUACUAAUAAUGGUACUAGUAAAAAAUUAAGAGCCACAGCUUUACAUACAUGGAAGAAUUGCUUUGUUAAGAAGAAACAGGAUGACAAGAAAACUAACUUUUGCACAUGAGUGACAUUCAACAUUUUUUUUUUUUUUUUUUUUGGGCAGAGGUGAUUGCACUUUAACCACAUUAGAUUUUUUUUUAUGACCAAAUAUGUGCUAAUACAACUCUAGUUCAUCAGGUAACACAAACAUAAAAGAAUCACUCUUCUAGUCUAAAACACUGUGCCUGUUUCAAACUUUGCCUCUAAACAAUUCUGACAGAAAAAGCACUGACCACACCACGUUGUUUCAUGAUUAAUGGUCAAACUUUUGCUGUAAAUUUAAAUUGUCACUUUUGUGGAUUUUGCUCUCACUCACUUCCAGUGUCCAAAGAAAAUUUCAGGCGCCGCCAUCACUACAUGUGUAGUGCAUGAUUUGCCAUAUAUUGUAUGACAUGGGAAGAAGACAUGUUGGAGAAAGAAAAAAAAAUGAGUAAAAUGUAUUCAUAUUUUGGAAAAAUAAAUGUAUAAAUUAUAACGGUAUUGUUUAAAGCAAUAUUUUAUUUUUAUUUUUGAAAUAUCCCUUAUAGAUCCAAUUGCCGUUGGGGUAAAUACUGUACAAUUUUAGUUAUUGUAAAAAGAGAAAUUAUAAAAGUAAACAGUGAGUGUACGAAUAGGAAAAUAAAAGGAGUAACAUAA